AAUAUACUUUUUCUAGAUACAAUAACAACUAAAUCAAAGAAUAAAACAUCACUUAUUUGCAGCGAUAAAAACAACGAGCAAAAGUCUUUGGCUGCUCUGCUCAUCAUUUUAUUAUUCUCUUGACUUCUCAAAUUUGUCUAGAACGCCUACCGAAUCUUACUACAACUCCAAGAUUUUAUAUCUAGAGACCGGAAAGUUCAUAACUUGCCGGAGCUCAGGCAGCCCAUCAAGCCCAUUUGAUUAAUAUCAUCUAUAAAUUCAUCAGAGUUAACCCGUUUUGUGUCUAAUUAGAGAUGCCUGAGUCAACGGAAUUAGAAGAGCCCUCUGUGCAUGCUGCAAGUCAAGCGAGGAAAGAUAGUGGGAAAGAUAGUGAAUAUGUAAGGCUGGUUAUAUCCAGUGAACCAAGAGUUGUUGACAGUGAUAACUUGGAACCUCAACCAGCACAGGGAACUAGGUCUAGUAAGUGGUGGAUCAAGCUCAUAAUAUGGUGUGUGAUUACUGUUAUAGCUUCUCUCAUAUUUUUGAAAUGGGGAGUGCCAUUUCUCUUUGAAAAGGUCCUUAUUCCAAUCCUUGAAUGGGAAGCCACGGCUUUUGGUCGUCCAGUUCUUGCGUUGGUGCUUGUUGCCUCUCUGGCAUUGUUUCCUGUAUUCUUAAUCCCUUCUGGUCCUUCCAUGUGGCUGGCUGGAAUGAUUUUUGGUUAUGGUCUUGGAUUUGUGAUAAUCAUGGUUGGCACAACUAUUGGGAUGGUUCUGCCAUAUAUGAUUGGAUUACUAUUUCGAGAACGAAUUCAUCAAUGGUUAAAGCGAUGGCCACAAAAAGCUGCUAUGAUUAGACUGGCUGGGGAGGGAAGCUGGUUACAUCAAUUUCGGGUGGUUGCACUAUUUAGGGUUUCACCAUUCCCGUACACUAUCUUUAACUAUGCAAUAGUGGUGACUAGUAUGCGAUUUUGGCCCUAUUUAUGGGGGUCUAUAGCAGGAAUGGUUCCAGAAGCUUACAUCUACAUUUAUAGUGGACGGCUGAUAAAGACAUUCGCUGAUGUUCAAUAUGGGAAUCAUCACCUGACACUAGUCGAAAUCAUAUACAACAUUAUAUCUUUAAUAAUAGCCAUCAUCACUACUGUUGCAUUUACCGUAUAUGCAAAAAGAGCUCUAAAUGAACUUGAAAGUGCAGAGAAGAAUGGAGAAACUGCCAUGUUAGCUACUGAAAUGGAGAAGCUUCCACUCGAAAGGCCGAAGCAUCUCGGUCUUCCAGUGUCGUUACCAUAGCCUGAAAAACUAAUUUGACAUAGUUAGGUUGUAAAUAAUCACAUCUCAUUCAUGAGGGAUACUUGCAGAUCUCUUAAUUGUAACGAGAGCAAAAAUAUAUAUAUGAAAAUGGAGGAUUGUAUCUGUAAUAGUAAAGCGUGAAAUGAAUAUAGAUAAAUAGUUUGUAUCA